AUGACGCUGUACUCUAUCUACAUUUUUAACCGCUACGGAGACAAUAUCUUCUACAUGCAAUGGAACCGUACGAGUGCGGUACAGGAAGGAGAGGCAAGCCUUGUCGCGGGGUUCAUUUACACACUGCAGCACCUGUCCUUACAACUCUCCUCUACAGGCACAUCUGGGCUGAGGGCAGUGCAAACGCCAUUUUAUAAGCUUCAUUACGCCGAAACGAUGACUGGAUAUCGGGUUGCGCUCCUUACUUGCAGAAAUGUGAGCACGGCGCUGGUGCAAGGCAUAUUUAUUGAGAUGUUUCGUGAUGUUUUUCAUAAAACUUUGACGAGGGAUCUAAAUUAUCGCCACAAACCUGGGUGCAUGAUCACCAACCCGGAUUUUGCGGAGGGGCUAGAAGCUCUUUUUCGCUCGAAGCAGUUGCUUGAAUAA